UCGAGUUCAAACCUCGAAACAGAGCAUCGAAGCGCAAAAGCCAAAACGCGGCCGAGACAACGCAAAACUGGGAUGGUUUGCUUCUGUUUCUUGGUGGAUCAGACGAGGAAGGUGAGGCGGAGCAAGCCGGCGGCAGGGAUCUGCUCCAGGUGCGGCAGCGGAGCCAGCGUCGCCGACAUGAAGACCGCCACCAGGUUCUGUUACGUGCCGUUCUACUGGAAGUCUUGGAGAGCCAUCAUCUGCACCUUCUGCGGAUCCGUUCUCCGAUCUUACAGAUGAACUAACUUCCAUCCAUCGAUAUGGAAUUUAAUGAACUCUCUGCGUUGAUUGCUGACUAUCUGAUCUAUUCAGUUUCCUUCAUUCGUCCACACAUAUAUAUAACUAUGUAUAUUCUUUAUCACUCACACAUAUAGAAGUUCAAGUUGCAGUGUAUGGAAGAAGAAAUGUGGUUAUCUUGUAGUAGCGAAGCAGGAAUGAAUUUCUUUUUUUCUAAUUUCUAUAUAUUAGCUUGUCUCUUAUUGUUCAGCGAGGUUUUAUUUUUAUAUAUUAAUAAUGAGUAUUUCAUUAUUUUCUUGGUUAAUCCAGAAUCUGGAUUAAAUGUUUUCACCUUCUUUUUUAUUAUAACUUUUUUAUCACUCCUCUACUACAUUCAUAACUAAGUCCGAGUGGAGGUAUGUUCGAAU